CACAAUGGAUAAAAAGGCAUACAAAAAAGGACACAGUGGCCGAUAACCAAAACCAUAACCUACUUUUCAAAAGCUAAAAGUUCAAAGUAAUAUUUAUAAAAUCACCUAUAUAGAUAUAGAAGAAUAUUUUCGUUUUAUUUAUAACCGGUAUUUAAAUAUAUAUCCUGUGAAUUAAAAUUUUGAAAAUAAAGCAGAAACGGAUAUUGUUAUAAACAUUUUCAACGUUAAUAAAGGUUAGUUUUAUAUAAAUUCGAUUAGCAGAAAAUUGUAUCACUGUUCAGGAAUGAAAUAUAAAUAUUAAGCACUAUGGAAAGGACGUUUUUUCCUCAACCACCACAGCCUACAUCAUCUGUAAAAGAAAAACCACGAUUGUCAGAAUGGGAUCAGAUUAUGAUAAAUCUUAUUGGAAAUCAGCAAAGAUUUCGUGAAAAUAUCGUCAUUCCAAGGAUACUUGGACAAGUUCACAUAAAAUCAGUUGACGAAAAACGAGUUGAAAUGGUAAUGGAAAGCUGUGUUUUCAAAAGCUUCAUGAGCUGUGUUAUAGGAUUUGGAUUGGGAGCUGCGAUAGGUUUAUUUACAUCCAGCGUAAAUCCCAAUGUAGCAGCAGUUGAGAAACAACAGACUGUACGUGAGAUUUUUCACGAGAUGAAAACAACGACUCUUGGUUACGCGAAAAAUUUCGCAAUGGUUGGUUGUGUAUUUUCAGCGGUUGAAUGCGCAAUUGAAUCGUAUCGAGGUAAAUCGGACUGGAAAAAUGGCACUUAUGCUGGAGGAGUAACUGGAGGUCUCAUUGGAUUAAGAGCGGGUGUAAAAGCUGGAAUAGUUGGAGCUGCAGGUUUUGCCGCCUUCUCAACUGCAAUAGAUUAUUAUAUGCAUUCGUUGUAAAUUGAAAAAUUUGAAUAAGUACAUUUCUAAAGGAAGAAAGAAAUCAGACCAUCAAAAUCGAUAAUGUCUAUAAUUCUUUGGAUUUAUCGUAUUUCUCCUAUCAUAUACGUAAAAAAUGGAAAUAGAAAAACGCAGACUUGCCUUCACAGUUAUAUUGACUAUAUAUGUAUAUAUAAAAUAUGUAAAAAUGAUGUAUUAUAAAAACAAACUAUGAUAAAUUCGUAUUAAACGUUUAUAAUUA